AGUGUCGGGGUAAAUGUAUUUUGCGAGUUGAAUACAUGAUGGAUGAGAGACCGACUGAAUAGGAAAGCUUGGCUAACUAUCUAUAUGUGACUAUGGCAGCCCAUCUGAAAAAACGAGUUUAUGAGGAAUUUUCCAAAGUUGUACAGAUUCCUCAUGAAGAAGCUCCAGCCAAAAAGCUGCGUCUAUCCAAACCCAGUAAGUCUGCGGCUCUUCACGUUGACCUCUGUAAGGCUACCAACUCCACUGAUGCCCUGCAGUACUUGCUGCAGUUUGCACGCAAGCCUGUAGAGGCGGAGAGUGUGGAGGGUGUGGUCAGGAUCCUGUUGGAUCACUACUACAAGGAGACAGAUAACUCUGUGCGGCUAAAAAUCGCCUCUCUGCUGGGUCUGCUGUCCAAAACGCAGGGCUUCAGCCCAGACUGCAUUGUGGAUGACGCCAUUAACACACUCAACAAUGAGAUAGAGUCUCAUCAGGUUCUUGCCCAGCUGCUGGACACUCUGCUGGUCGUUGGUACACAGCUACCUGAGAGUCCUGCAGUCAGACAGAGGCUCAUAGAGGUGGCCUGGAAGCACCUCUCUGAUACAUAUUUCGGGGUGAGAAACAAAUGCCUGAAGCUCCUCGGAUGUCUUGGCAUGGUGGAUGCUCCUCUCACCAAAGACAACGAGGGACUGGGGACAUUAUUAGGAGGAGUGAGGGACGUCCAGAGUAUCAUCAGUGACUAUUUUGGAGACCAGGAUCCCAGAGUCCGUACUGCAGCCCUCAAGGCCAUGCUGCAGCUGCAUGAGAGAGGAAUGAAGAUUCAUGAGAUCAUUUAUGACCAGGCCUGCAGGUUGCUGUCGGAUGAUUAUGAGCAGGUCCGCUCUGCAGCGGUGCAGAUGGUUUGGGUGCUCAGCCAGCUGUACCCAGAAAGCAUUGUGCCUAUCCCAUCAUCCAAUGAGGAGAUCCGGCUUGUUGAUGAUGCAUUUGGGAAGAUCAGUCACAUGGUCAGUGAUGGUUCCUGGAUGGUCCGGGUACAGGCCGCCAAAACACUGGGUUCGAUGCUGCAGGUCAGUCCUCACUUUCUGGAGCAAACUUUGGAUAAGAAGCUGAUGUCAGAUCUCAGGAGGAAGCGUACGGCCCAUGAGCGGGCUAAGGACCUCUUUACUUCUGGAGAGUUCUCCUCUGGCAGGAAGUGGGCCGACGAUGCUCCCAAAGAGAAACUGGACACAAACACCGUCAACCUUAUCGCCUCAGGAGCCUGUGGUGCUUUUGUUCACGGCCUGGAGGAUGAGAUGUUUGAGGUCCGUAUUGCAGCAGUGGAGGCGUUGUGCCAGCUGGCUCGGUCGUCUCCCAGCUUCGCAGAAAAGUGUCUAGACUUCCUGGUUGACAUGUUCAACGAUGAGAUCGAGGAAGUGAGGCUGCAGUCCAUCCACGUGCUGAGAGAAAUCUCAACCCAUAUAACACUCAGAGAGGACCAGCUGGACACUGUGCUGGCUGUGUUGGAGGACUCGUCUCGAGACAUCAGAGAAGCUCUCCAUGAAUUAAUUUGUUACACCAAUGUCUCCACUAAAGAGUGUAUCCAGCUGGCUCUGCUGGAGCUGCUGAAGAACCUCAACAAGUAUCCCACCGACCGCAACUCUGUCUGGAAGUGUCUGAAGUUCAUGGGUUCCCGUCAUCCAACGCUGGUGUUGCCACUGGUUCCUGAACUGCUUAGCACACACCCAUAUUUCGACACGCCAGAGCCUGACAUGGAUGAUCCGGCCUACAUUGCAGUGCUGGUGUUGGUGUUCAACGCUGCCAAGUCAUGUCCCACCAUGCCGGCACUGUUCUCUGACCACACCUUCAGACACUACGCCUACCUGAGGGACAGUCUGUCACACCUUGUGCCACCACUAAGGUUGCCAGGCAGCGGUCUGGACUUGGUGGACUCACGCUGUGGUUUGGGUUCUGUGGAAUCAGCUCAGCUCUUCCUUCAACAGAGUCUGAACAGGGUCAGCACCAUUCAGAACCUGGAAGCACCCGGAGCCAAGGACCUGCUGAACUUCACCAUACGCGACCUGCAGCGGCUAGGGGAGCUGCAGACAGAGCUUGCUGGAGCUGCUGAUUUCUGUGCUACAUAUCUGCGCUGCCAGCUGCUGCUCAUGAAGGCUCUGCAGGAGAAGCUGUGGAACAUGGCUGUCCCUCUCUGCUUCAAACAAAACGUCACAGCCACAGCAGCAGCUCAACAGAUCUUGGAGGAAACCUACAAGCUUGAGUUUCUGUACAGUGGUUUGGAAAGCAGACAGGUAGCCACCGUACAUCAUGUUCGCCUCCAAGCCAAAGCUCUGCAGCUCGUCCUGACUGCCCGUACCAGACAAGGGUUAGAUCCUCUCAUCAGCAGCUGUGAAAAGUUUUUGCAGGACAUUGAGUCAUUUCAGCGGUUGUUUCUGGCAGAGCUGCCCCACCUGCAGGACAGUUUUGUGGAUAAGCUUUUGGAGCUGAUGCCCCGGCUGUCGUCCUGUAAACCAGUGGAGAUGGUGAAGAUCCUCCAGACAACCCUGAGACAAAGUGGCCUGCUGCAGCUCAGACUCCCUGAGCAGAUCCAUCGGGCGACAGCCACCAUUAUUGAGCCAACGGGAGAGUCUGACAACCCGCUAAGAUUUACAAGUGGCCUGGUGGUGGCGCUAGACAUUGAUGCAACAUUGGAGCACGUCCAGAAUCCUCAGAACACUGUUAAAGUACAGGUUCUGUAUCCAGACGGACAGAGUCAUGUGAUCCAUCCUAAACCUGGAGACUUCAGAAAACCUGGACCUGACAGACACAGACUCAUCACACAGGUUUACCUGUCACACACUGCAUGGACAGAGCCAUCUCAAAUUGAAGUGCGUCUCCUGCUGGCCUACAGCUCCUCCUCAACCUCCCUCUGCUCCCCUUCUUCAGCUUCCAAGCUGGGAUGGAGCGAGAGCAUCGACAGUCUCCCACCACCAGAGGCCGCCGUAGAGGGAACCAUUCCGUUUAGCAAGCCCGUCAAAGUCUACAUCAUGCCAAAACCUUCCAGACGCUAAAGAAACUCUUAACAAACAAAAAACUGACAGAGAGACAGACAGAUGAGGCUUUAACUCUUUUCAGCUUUCACAUGCGUGGUUUUCUUGGCUUGUUUUUUAAAGAGGAUGCUCACUGCUUCACUUUCCAGAUUCAAAACUGAACAGAAAAGGUAAAGCCAUUUUGUUUUCAUCUUUAAAAGACACUCAUUUUAAACAUCUGGGCAAAAUGGCAAAUAAAUAUAAUGUAUGGUUAAGUGGUAGGAAGCAGAAGAGUAUUUUUUAUUCCUGGUGUGUCAUUUGUAUGGAGAAUACUUUUGGACUUUACAAUUGUUUCUGAUAAAGAUAAUCCCAUGUGAUGGUGA